CCCUCUUCUUAACCUAGAAAUCAAAAUCGAACUCCUGCUCGUUAUCGGCAACAAUGGCUUCUCGAUGUCGAUCGCUAUCCAAACCAGCGUUCUCUACGUUUAGAUCUGCAAUGAACAAGCCCUCUCUCCGACCCAAAUCAGCUUCGUCAUUUCUCGGCGUCCCUCCGUCGCCUGGACUUGCAAGGCCGAUUGCUCAGCUGGGGUCGCUUCAAUCGCUGCUUCCAUUGUACAGUGCGGUGGCGUCUGCUAGGCUGACUUCGUGCCUGGGUAUCGAUUCGAUGAAUUCAAGGUCGUUGUCUCAGGGUAUGCUCUGCUGUGCGAAUCCAGGAGUUUGAUAUUCUCCAUAAUCUUGUGUUUAGUAAGCUUGGCCUAAGCGUUCCUCGAUAAAGAGACCAAGACCUCAGUCAGAUUCUCCGCAGUUUUUGCUUUACUGAUCUAACUAACUCAGUCACUCAGAUCAGUUUCUGUUUUUCGGGAGUGAUAAACAGUCUCCUUUCUUUUCAUUCAAUUAACAAUUUCUUGUGGAAUAUGUACCUUCAUUCAUCACGAUAAAAUAGUAUAUCGUCUUGUGUCCAUUGGUGCUCCUGGAUUUGAUAUAUCAAAGUACGAUUACAUGAA